GGCACGCGGGAGAGCGACGUAGGAAUGAGAACAGCUCCCGCCGGUGGAUCCCCCCCAAUACACGGACGGGUUCGCUCCUCCUUUUCCUCGUGGUAUGUAUGGUUAACCCACCGGGGACAUGGGGGAGGCUGGAAAUCCCGCCCGGCUGGAAGAUUCCCAUCGUCAUAGUUUGUCUUGACCCGGUCCCUAGCAUCCGUUCAUUGAUGAACCCGGGCCAACCACACGUUCUUGCCUUCUUCUUCUUCUUCUUCUUCUUCUUCUUCUUCUUCUUCCUCCUUCCUUCUGUUUUACUGGUCAGGCCUUCUGUUAGACUGGAUACGCUGUUGUUUAUCCCGGUUGCGUGCGCAGUGUGUGUAUAGGACAAGUCCCAAGACAAGUCCCAAGGCGGGAGGAAGUGGUGAGAGUCCCAAGCUUUGGCAUGGUGGGAGUUCCAGAUAUCUUCGACUCGGGGAUCAGUUGCCUCAUUCGGCGCGCUCUCAUCAUCGGGAAUGGCGCCGCCGGGGCCGAACACCAGAGCCUGGGUCUCGUCCGCGCCCUUGGCCUGGGCGAUUCAUACACGCUUGAGAGGAUCAAUCGACCCCGUGAGGGUUUCAAUUACUGGCUGCGAUGGCUUCCAGUCAAUUUGCAUCGAGGGCUUAACAAACUGCUGCAUGCCGACCUGCCAUUUCUUGGACUGCGGUAUCUUCCCUUCUCGAGUGCAGAGGGUGCAGGCAUUGGACGUGGGUCUGAUGCAUGGGGAGUGCGGGACCCAUCUUCACUGCCAUCGUCUUCAAGAAACAUGGUAGAAGGUGUGACGGAGGCCGAUCCAGUCAGAAUAGCGGAAGCAGCGAAGAAGAAUUUUGAGAGGGGUGGGCCACUCUUGGUGAUUGCUUCAGGGAGGGACACUGUUGCUGUAGCUGCCGAGAUAAAAAGGCUUGCUCCCGAGGCGACAUUUGUCAUACAGAUUCAACACCCAAGGUGCGAUGUUCGGCAGUUUGAUCUGGUUAUCACACCGCAGCAUGAUUACCAUUCUUUCACACCGGAGGCAAAGGAAGAGGUUCCCAGAUUUCUGUUGCGCUUCUUGAUGCCAACGCAACCACCUGAUGAGCAUGUGGUGCAAACAACUGGAGCGCUUCAUCACGCAGAUAUGAUCACGUUGCGCUCCGCAGCGGCUAUGUGGCAUGACUAUUUUGCUGGUUUGCCAAAGCCUCUGGUCUAUGUGAGCAUAGGAGGUCCAUCAAGGCGCUGCAAUUAUGGUGCUGACCUGGCACAGGAAUUAGUAAUGAUGCUGGAGGAAACAUUGGAGGUGUCAGGUGGCUGUGCCUGGAUUUCAUUCUCCCGCCGCACUCCCAACAAGGUAAAGGAGCAUGUAAGGGAUCGGCUAAAGGACCAUCCAAGGAUAUCAAUAUGGGAUGGACAAGGUCCGAACCCGCAUCUAGGAUUACUCUCCUGGGCAGAUACCUUUGUUAUCACUGCUGACUCCGUCAGCAUGUUGAGUGAAGCAUGCAGCACAGGGAAGCCUGUGUAUGUGAUAGGGGGGGAGAGAUGUAAAUGGAAACUUGCACAGUUCCACCGGACUCUGGAAAAGCGAGGCGCCAUUCGAAAGUUUGUGGGAAAUGAAAAUAUGCGAGAUGCAUGGAGCUAUCCUCCAUUGAACGACAAUGCUGAAGCUGCCGCAAAGGUCAAGCAAAUACUCGCGAGGAAAGGAUGGCGCAUCCGGUAGCGAUGAGAAUUUUUGAAACCUUUCUUUCUUCUUCUUCUUCUUCUUCUUCUUCUUCUUCUUCUUCUUCCACCAACUACAAGGUGGAUAUAUUUGCUGUCACUUCAGUGAUGUAGCAGUUAUAGAACAUUCCUGAUAUGGGCUCCCACAUCGAAGGACCCACGGCUUCCUCUCUUUUCAGUUUCAGUGAAAGGAAAGAAAAAAAAGAAAAACCAUUUGACUCCCCACGGUUACCAUAGCAUGUGCCUCGCUCUGUAAUAUGCCUUGGCUUGACUUUG